UCGCGGCCCGCAGGGAACAGUCGCCUUAGCGACGCAGCGGACAUUGUGGCGCGCGGGCGGCGCACGGUGCGUGUGGGCGUGUCCCUGUGGGGCCCGCGCUCCCGCCCCACCUCAGCCCGGUCGGUCGCCCCCAGGCCCCAGCUCCGAAGUCCAGGCCUGUUGGCCCGGCCCGCGUGCCCUCCGCGGGCUGCGCAGAGCGCGGGAGCUGGUGGGAGCUGGGAAUGCCGGGAGCCCCUCGGGUAACCGCCACCGCCAGCCGCCGCGCCCGCCGCUGUCCCCGCAUCAGUCCCCGGUGAGCGCCGCUGACGCGCGGAGAUGAAAUUCCCGGCCUCCGUGCUGGCGUCCGUGUUCCUGUUCGUGGCCGAGACCACGGCGGCGCUUUACCUGAGCAGCACCUACCGGUCGGCCGGGGACCGCAUGUGGCAGGCGCUGACACUGUUGUUUUCGCUGAUGCCCUGUGCUCUGGUACAGCUCACGCUCGUCUUCGUGCACCGCGACCUCAGCCGGGAUCGGCCGCUUGUGCUGCUGUUGCACCUGCUACAACUCGGGCCCCUCUUCAGGUGUUUUGAAGUCUUCUGCAUCUACUGUCAGUCAAACCACAAUGAAGAGCCUUAUGUCAGCAUCACUAAAAAGCGUCAGAUACCAAAAAAUGGCCGCUCAGAGGAAAUUGAGAGGGAGGUGGGCCAGGCAGAAGGCAAGCUAUUCACCCACCGAUCUGCAUUCAGCCGGGCAUCGGUGAUUCAGGCUUUCCUGGGCUCAGCCCCCCAACUGACCCUGCAGCUGUAUAUAAGUGUCUUGCAACAGCAGGUCACUUUUGGAAGAGGCUUCUUAAUGACCUUGUCCCUGUUGUCCAUUGUUUAUGGAGCCUUGCGCUGCAACAUCUUAGCCAUCAAAAUCAAGUACGAUGAGUACGAAGUCAAAGUGAAGCCACUGGCCUAUGUCUGCAUCUUCCUCUGGAGGAGCUUUGAGAUUGCCACUCGAGUCAUCGUCCUGGUUCUCUUUACGUCCAUCAUGAAGACGUGGGUGUUGGUUGUCAUACUUGUUAACUUCUUCAGCUUCUUCUUGUAUCCCUGGAUCCUCUUCUGGUGCAGUGGCUCCCCAUUUCCUGAGAACAUAGAGAAGGCACUCAGUCGGGUGGGCACCGCCAUUGUGCUGUGCUUCCUCACUUUAUUGUAUGCUGGUAUCAACAUGUUCUGCUGGUCAGCUGUACAGCUGAAAAUCAACAAUCCUGACCUCAUCAGCAAGUCUCAGAACUGGUACCAGCUGUUGGUGUACUAUAUGGCAAGGUUCAUUGAGAAUGCCAUCCUCCUGCUCGUAUGGUAUCUUUUUAAGACUGAUAUCUAUAUGUAUGUGUGUGCACCUCUGUUGAUUCUGCAGCUGCUUGUUGGGUACUGCACAGCUAUUCUCUUCAUGCUUGUGUUCUACCAGUUCUUUCACCCUUGUAAAAAGCUUUUCUCAUCCAGUGUUUCCGAAAGCUUUCAGGCAUGGCUCAAGUGUGUCUGCUGCCCUUGCAGGUGGCAGAAAUCUUGUGAGUUGGUAGGAAAGGCAGACCUAAAAUCUUUCAGAGAUCAAGAUGAGACACCUUCUACAAGUAAAAUAAAUCCUGAUCCCACUCAGAUGAGUGCUAAUGCUCUAUGCUCAGUUUAAUGGGACUUGAGGUCUCUCAGGGCACAAGCAUGAUAUUUUCUCAGUUGAUAUGUGUUCCUCACACAAGUAAUGAACCCUGCACCGGGAGCAAGGCAGAAAUUUAGCUGUCAACUCCUUGUGAGCUGCUGCUCUUUAUAGAGCUCUUGGGUAUGUGGGAACUAUGGGGAGAAGCCAGGGAGACAGACCCAGUGUUGAAGAAGCAGCCUAAGGCACCACAGUUCACAGGUGACCAUGUUAUGUUCUUACAGGUCUUACUGCCUGGUUCACUGACAAAAGUCCCCUGAAGUAUGAAUUGGGAUGGUUACAUCUAUCAGAUCGAAUGAGGAGAAGGCCUUGUUUUCUAGUUUUCUGGAUUGUUAGUCUGGGUAACCUGAUGAUUUGUUACACCUCAACCAGGUUUUCACCCAAGAGCCAUCCUGAUGACCAGAGAAGAUAACUGUGAUUUUGCCAUUAGCAACAUCAUUCCUCUCAUACCACACAGAGAGGGCUAUUCAAGUUUGGUUUUUCAAUGGAGACGUUCUAUUUUCAUCUCAUUGGGGCUUUUUGUACAACCAAAUGUAGCCUCCAUGGCAUGCUCUCUGUAAUUGAUUCAAGAGACUAGAUUUGGAAAUUUUAUUCCCCAGGACCCAUAGCUGCAAAAUUUAAUUCUAAAUUUGGAUAUGGAAGCCCUAGAAUUUUAUAAAAAUUGUUUCCCUUCCAUAUGUUGUGAAGAAAUUGUUGAGCAGGAUGGUCGCUAAAACAUCUCAAUGAUGGAGGGUUGUAUAAGUAGAAUUCUUAUGUUCUCAGAAUGUUGAAUGUUUGAAGGCAGAAAUCUGCUAGAAGGUAUGCUUCAACCUAGUUAAGAUUCAUUUGUAUUCUACAUUCUGGGGAAUUUAUAAUAGAACUUUAUAGGAUUUACCUUUUUAGAACAGAAAAAAACUCAUCACCUUCAUACCCUCCUUCCCCUCUCUUGCCUGCCAGAAAGUUUCUAGAUGAGAGUUAUCUCAGUUAAGUUUUUCUAGGAAACCCUACAGAAGUCUCUCACCCAAUGCAGGUAUACAGGGCAUUUUAAUUUUCAUUAUUUGAAGGGAAAGGGUUUUUCUCACCACCAAACAUAGUGAUUGACUUCAGAAACUUUUAAAUUUUAGAAAGUAAUGAAAUAACCAGAUUUUUGUCUUUCAAAUACAUUUUGAUUUCACAGUUAUGAAUUAAUUUGAACCAAGUGCUCAGUUUUAUUCUUCUGCACCACUUUAUUUUCUGUAUAAUUUUCCCUUGCUCUGUAAUUCUAUUUGUUUCAUUAAAGAAGAGUGGGUAUGAUAAUAUAUUCUCAAUUGUCUUGAAAAAGUGUCUGAACCCAUACCAUGUAUUUCUAGCGCUGAUAUCUUGUUAAUGAAAUACCUAGAAACAAAGAACCAUAAAGAUCACACUAAUUUAGAAUGUGGACUAUAGUAAAUUUGACAAAUUUACAAAGAGGGCACCCAUUUAUGAACUUUUCUAGAUGGAAUCAGGGUCUACUUCUCUGACUUUGUGACCCUACAAAACAUUUAUUUGACAGUCACAUCUCUGAUCAUUUUGCUUUGUAAUUAUUUUGUGCUGUCAAAUUAGCAAUUUUACAAUCUGGAUUAAGACAAAAUUUGGUUAUCAGUUUUCACUACAUUCCGGGAUCUAUGAGCAAAUAGUAAAUAUUCAUCCACAGGGUAUUCCUGUUAUUUAAUAUUUUAUACUGUUCUCUAGAUAUACAACAUUCAUGUUCUUAAAACUACAGCAACUCAAACCUUACUUAGUUUAUGAGAAAAUUUUCCACAUUUGAAAUUCUCUGGGAGCCAGGUGUGGUGACGCAUGCCUGUAAUCCCAGAACUUGGGAGGCUGAGGCAGGAGGAUCAUUGCAAGUUCCAGAACAGCCUGAGCUACAAAGUGAGCUCAAGGUCAGCCUGAACUGCAUGGUAAGACCCUGCCUCAAAAAAAAAAAAAAUAGAAAACGAAAGAAAAGAAAUUCUCUUGGUUUACCAAUAUUUGUGGUUUAAUUUUGUGGGAAUCUCCAGAUAAUAGAUCUUUUUGUGUAAUUUUAAUGAAAUAAGAAUAAAACUAAUGAUUUUCUGUGUUUUCCCUCUGAAUUCAUCAAUAACUAUUUGCCCUGUUUUUAAUAGGCCUAGAUAAACUGCAACAUAUAUAAUUAAAAGAUAAUCUUACAACACAUACUUCCAUGUACUUCUCAUGGGCACACAUGCACAAUUAUAACACAGCAAAAAAAAAAAACUUUGAAAAUAUGUAACAACUAUAGGUAAAACAAUUUUAAGAUGUUAAAGCACCCUUUUUGAUUAUCUCCUAAUUAACAGAAGGCUUCUAUAGUGAUUAACAGUAGUAAGACCAUUCUUAAGUCAUUUCAACUGUUUCCUUAGAUCUGCUCAUUAUGUUGACAUCGGAUAUUUUGGAUAUUUUCACGUUCUCUUAUCAGAAAGACAUUCUUGCUUUGAAAUUUUCCAGUGGCUGUUGAUAGAGGCAGUGGUUCCCCAUUUCCAUCCAAAUUGCCUUCAGGUCAUGCCUUAUCAGUGAGGACUGAGGAUAGCUACUAGCUUGUCACUGAUGAGGCAUAUUCAGCAUUAGACAAAUACAAAGAGACUGGUAUUUUGUGUCCUAGGUUUGGAAUUUUGCCCUGAAAUCUCUCACAAAAUCUUAAUUUUUCAAGUACCUCAUAAGUCACUUGAAUUUAGAAGACAAGAAUUUAAGUGACACCAAAAUGAACUUAGCAGUGAUAGUUUGUCAUGUUCCCAAAGUGCAGUUCACACAUUUAUAUGGACAGAGAUUUGAUAACUAAAUUGGACAUUUUGGGUAGUUUAACUCGUGAUUAAUAGGUAACCUAAUUUUGAGAACAUGUGUGUGAAAUCACUUGAGAGAAAUCAUUGCAUGGUAAAAAUGAAGCUCAUGGUAAACUGAAUUUUGUGUUUUAAAAUUAUUUUGUCUGAAAUGGCAAAAUUACAGUCCAUACUAUGAAGCUAGGUUGUUCUGAAGACAUACACCCAAAAAUUUCUAUAUGUCAUAGAAGUUAAGAUAUCUUUUUCAGUUAUAAUUUGAAUUUUAAAAACUCCUAGUACUUUGUCUAAUUAUUCACAUGCCAAAACUUGAGAGCUGCUUCAACUGAAUCACUAUCAUUGGUUUGGAAGUGAAAUUGUGUCUCAAAAUAUAUUGAAAUAAGAUCAUCAAACAUGUUAGACUUGCUUUUGUUAUUACUGGAUAGAGCCUAUUACAGAGAUUGGCAUCUCCUUUUUAAGCCCUACAAGUUACUUAAAUGCUUUAUGCCUCAAUUUUCUUACCCACUAAAUUAUAAUGAUAUACUAACUAGUUCAGCCUACCUCAAGGGUUGUCAGAAAGAUCAAAUUAGAUAAUAGGUAUGAAAAUGCUUUGAAAACAUUUUUAAAAAGUACCAUACAUAGAGAUAUUAUAUUAUUCAAAUCCAUAAGCAGGUUACUAUUUUUUUACUCUUUGACAAUAAAAAGUAUCAUCAUCCGCAUGAGUGUCUGGAGUGAAUAUUUGGGCCUUUAACUUUCUCAGUAGUUGCCCUUAAUCUUACCUCCAGCUGCACAUAAAAUUUGUCACCCAAAUCUAUGGUACUUGAAGGAGAAGACCCACUGAAUUUUAGAAAGUGUUUGUGAUGGAAUAUGAAUUUAUCAUUGUAUUUCAUGAAGGAUGUAACAGCAGUUUUUGAUAAUUGUGCUUUAUAAUUUAAACAGCUGAUUCAAGGCAUUAAUUGAAUGUGAUCAUAAUCUCAGCCUUGUAAGUGGGAAAAUAAGCAUUAAGAUUGUUAACUGCAGCAUUUCCUUGGAAACCACCUUAGAAUGUUAGUGCUAUGGUUAUAAAUGUAUGUGCCAAUAUUUUUCAGCCAUUGCAUUGUGGAUGUGAGCUAUUGUGGACUGCUUUUGUGAGUCAUUCACUCAAAAAUAUUGUUUAUGUCUCAUAUAAUAAAUUAAUUUUUCAGUUUC